AUGAAUUUAAUUAAUGUUUAAAUAAUUUUGACUUUCAUAUACCUAAAUGCUAUUCGAUUUGCAUAAUCAAAGCAAUAAUCUUUAAUGAAAUUGAAGGGUUAGAAUUUAAUCAAAAAAUCAUUUUAAUAGAAUUUAAAUUUCUCCUCAAAUAAUAAAUUGGAUUUAGAAAUAUACUCUGAAGCUUUAUGCCCUGAUUGUUAACAAUUUAUUUUGGGACCUCUUUAAAAAGCUUUGAAUGACGAUAUAAUUUUGGAUUAUUUAAAUAUCAAAAUUUAUUUUUAUGGAAAUGCAGAAGAGGUUUUUGAUCCUUAAACAAAAUUAUUUUCUUAUAGAUGCUAACAUGGCCCAAAAGAGUGCGAAGGAAAUAGAAUUUCUAAUUGCAUUAUGAAUAAAAUUAACUCGAUUAAAAAGGCGUUAGAGUUAAUUAUAUGUGUAGAGGAAGAGAUUAAAAGAUAUGCUUAGAUUUAAAUGGUAAAUUACGAUAAAAUUCUAAAUAAGUGCUACUAAAAAAAGAAAAUAUCUGCUUAGGACCUCAAGAAAAUUGUAAAAUGCAAUUCAGGAGAAGAAGGAAAUAUUCUUUAGCAUUUGGCAGCCCAAAAAACUGAAUCCUAAACAGAAUUAUAAUUCGUUCCUUGGAUUUUAGUUGAUGGAAAGUAUGAAGUCUAAUAAUACAAUUCAAUCACUAAAGAUUUAGUCAUUUUUGUUUGUGAUUACUACAAAUAAAAUAGAUCUGUUAAUCUUCCAUUUUGUCAAUAAAAUAAAGAAUCUAUCUGA